AUGCCAACCACUGCUACUCCGUCCCGUCGCCAUAUCAUGCUCUCCCCUCCUCCGAUGAGUCCAAGCCGCGCCGCCACAGACUACGCUCACCAGCCGACGCUCCGAUAUCUCAACAACAGAGAUCCCGCCACGAUAGAGAGCCCCGAGUUGAACAAACUUCUCACAGAGUGGGAGGAAGCGCGCAAUUAUUUCCAAGCAUUGCCCCACCAAACUGUAGACGCUCAGGCGGACAUAGACCAGUCUCCCUCUUCUAUCAGCACGGGAGACUCUCAAGAUAUACUUAUUAAUCAUCGUCCCAAAUCAUUAACUGCUCUUUAUAAGUUAUCGGAUUCUGUUAAUAUGUCUACAGCACCAACGCCCAAAGACCACCAGUCCUUUGAUCUAUCUCCAGCCCCAGCAGUCAGUGAGAUCUCAAUUUCUCACAUCACCGAGCGCUUGAGCGGAGUGCUUUCUACCGCACCAGAGUCUCUGACAUCCUUAGUACCAGGAACAGAUCAGAGAGUUCAUCCUGGGCCAGACAUUGCGGCAUCUGCAUAG